AUGAAAGAUGCUGCCGCAAUGGGUGACACGCCUGUACAAAAGUUCUACGAAGGCAGCGUUGUGUUUGUAACAGGAGGCACCGGUUUCCUGGGGAAACUUUUAAUAGAGAAGUUGCUAAGAACUUGUGCUCCAAGUAAAAUUUACGUUUUAAUAAGAGAAAAAAAAGAGAAAGGGUCUAAAGAAAGAUUGAGUCAAGCAUUAAAAGAUCCGUUAUUCGACGAAUUGCGGAAACUAAGAGUGAAUUGGGAGGAAAACAUUUAUGCAGUACAAGGUGAUAUCAGUGAAAUCAAAUUGGGUAUAGAUGACUAUGACUGGGAAACAUUGAGAAAAGAGGUAAAUGUGAUAUUCCAUAUGGCAGCGAAUGUGCGAUUUGACGUAGAGCUGAAAGCUGCAUUGCUAAGCAACACGAGAGGCACACGAGAGGCACUUCGGCUAGCAGCCGAUUGUACGCAGUUACGUGCAUUCGUGUACGUGUCCACAGCGUACUCACACGCGACACGAGAUCGAAUCAAUGGCACAGUGUGGGAAAGCUUCUAUGACGCUCCAGCGCCACCUGAUGCUAUUAUUACACUGGCAGAAACAUUAUCCGUCGAGAAAUUAAACGCGAUGACACCGACGUUGAUUAAUGGUUGGCCUAACACUUACACCUUUUCAAAAGCCAUUGCGGAGGAAGUGGUUCGUACAAAGCACAGGGACCUACCAAUUUGCGUAGUAAGACCAGCAAUUGUAACGUGCACUUAUCGCGACCCGAUCCCAGGAUGGCUUGACAUGAGCUGCGCUUAUGGACCAAGUGGGUUCGUUUUGGGUUUGGGCUUAGGACUCACCCAUGUCGCAUUUUUCGACGGUGGUUUAAGAAUAGACAUUGUUCCCGCCGAUAUCGUUAAUAGCACGAUAAUGGCAGCAGCUUGGGAGACAAACUGCAAAGGCAUAUCUAAAAAUAGGCACCAGCCGCCAAUGAUUUACACAGUCAGCAGCUCUCGGAAUGGAUUAUUGUUCAAGACGAUGGAGCAAUCUCUACAUUCUAUUACAAAAACUAUUGCAUCGUCCAAAGCAAUAUGGUACUGUUUUGGCUUUCAAACUAAAUAUAAAGUUUGCUACAAUUUGCUGACUAUCUUCCUGCACUUCAUCCCUGCCUACAUCGUUGAUGGUGUAUGCCUUUUACUGGGAAAGCCACGAAUGUUAGUGAAAAUUUACAAAAAAGUUGAUAAAUUAAGUAACGCACUGAGUUAUUUUUCAACAAACCAGUGGACCUUCGAAGAUCAAAAUGCGCAAAACUUAUUCAAGAACCUCUCACCCGUUGACAAACAGAUUUUUGAUAUGGACAUAACGGCCGUUGAUUGGGAAAAGAAAAUACGUAUAUGGUGCUUGGGCAUACGGAAGUAUUUACUGAAAGACAGCGAGAAAUCAUUUGAUUACGCCUUGAAAAGGCAGAAACUGCUUAGAAUUGUUCAUUACAUUAUAUCCGUUGUCUACAUUUAUCUUAUGUGGAAAUUUAUUAACCUUUGUUUUGAUCUAUUCUGUACAAUUGUGAAGAUUUUUGAG